AUGUCUUUCUCGUCGUCCGAUAAAUAUGAAUUUUAUACUCACCGGCCGUUAAUACCGAUUCAUUAUGCACUCUCUCCUUACUCCCAACCUAAUAUAAUCGCUCCGAAAACCCAGUACAUUACCACCGAGUUUAUUGAUGACGUAAUAAAUUCCGUGAUAACAAGCGAUGAUAGGAAGAAGUAUGAGUCAAAACUUUAUCUUCCACUCCACGACCUCAUAUUUCCAAGCAAUCGACUCAGGCGAACGACAACGCGUUGCCAAAAUAGUUUCAUCAUCUUUAGAAAAGACUACCAAGCGAGAGUUAUAGCGGAACACGGUCCAAAGGUAGGAUCAAAACUCAAGGAAAUUUCUCGCAUGGCAAGUCGCAUCUGGGGAAAUUGUUCUCCAGAGGACAGAUAUAUGUAUGACCAAAUUGCCCUAUGCACCAAAAAACUGCAUGGCAAGUUGUGGUCAAACUGUGACGCCCGUAGAGCCACACGAAGGCAAGGUGUCAACUAUGGCAACUAUGGUUAUGGCGAAAUAACCGAAGGUUGUUCGGCAACAUUUUUUACACAAGAUUCCAUCGAAAUUCCAGCUAAUCGAACAUUAAGUUGUCACGACAAUCUCCAUCUCCCAAAAUCAAAAUUUCUUGGACAAAAUUCUUCAAGAACCCGAUUGGAAAUUAAUUCCCUAUCGUCCUAUGAUAAGGCGUUGGUUGAAUUAAUCAACAAGAGUGUUCGAAUUUAA